UGGAUUUUCAGUUCGUUUCAACAAUUCCUGUCGGUUUGUACGGAGUUUCUUCCCAGGAGCGAGCGAGAGUUGCUUGUGAAAAUUUGUGAAGUUUGAUGUUGGUUCAUUGCAUCAGAGAACCAGGAUCUCCAUUAGCCCCACAUAGGAUUAUUGGAUAACGGCAGCGCCUGUGCGUUAGCUACGAAAAGUCGAAAAGUGUUAAAGUGUGUCAUAUAUUCGGAAUAUUGAUCCAACAUCCUUGAAACGACGCAGGAAUAGUGCAGUGCCUAAAUAGUGAAGAAGUAAAUGUGAUGGGAAAUCAGUUUACUCCCUACAAGCGCCAGUGUCUCAAAAUCCUUUGCGUUGAACAGCCAGGCGCCCACACCAGAAAGUGAACAAAAGAAGACUACAUACAGUGACUACCGCCCCUCCGCUCUGACUCUGGUCGAGUUCGCAAGGAUAACCGAGAACCUUACAGUGUGCCAUAACUCACAUCACAGCGCAGCUUCGGGUAUUGCUGAUUGAUUGAUUUUUUCUUCUGAAUUAAUCCGGUUGUGUUUUUGUGUGGCCUUAUGUGUUACCUAAUUUCCCAUAUGAGUUUAUUGUUUACCAUCCUUGAAAAUGGAAAGACCGAGAGGUUCUAGGUUUUACACGAAAAGGUCCGAGCACUACAAUAAUCUGCAGAAACAGGAGGAAGAGAAGCUAAACAACAACAAUAACAACAGCAGCAACAACAACCACCAGGCUGCUAAUCACCACCACAACAACAACCACCACCACAAUCACAACCAGCAUCAGCCGCUGCAUCCGAGCUCCCAGCAUCAGCAGCACCUUCAGCAGGGCGGCCAGCAACAUCCCCUCAAGGACAAUUCCAACAUUCAACAGCGGCAGUCGUCCGUGGUGAAGAUCGAACUCUUGCGCAACCCUCAACCGGAAGCGCAGCAAGGCGGUGCCAGGCUUAUCAAAACCGGUGCUCAAUCUCCGGCGGCUGCAUCGACAGCACCCUCCCAGCUAUCACCCCAUACAGCGACCAGCAACAUCAACGGAAGCCCGUCGACGGUUUCACAUCUACGCUCGAUCCGUCCGUUCCCGACGUCGGUAGCGGCGGCUUCCAGUAGUGCGACUACAACCACCUCGAGCGCACUCAGUGGCUCGACGGGUACCGGUGAACGACCUCUCAAGUGUUUGGAAACUCUGGCUCAAAAGGCCGGUAUCACUUUCGACGAAAAGUACGAUCUACCCAAUCCUACACUGGAGAAGUCACAGAGCCCGGCGCAGGUGGCACAGCAAACAUCGGUGCCCCUGCAGCUGUCCCAGGAGCAGCUACAGCAGUUCCAGCAGUUCCAACAGUUCCAGCAGGCCUUCACUGCCGGUGCUGCGACGAUCCAGGUCAAGCAGGAGUACAAUCCGCCGCAGCAACAGCAGUCGAAUGCCGGCGGUGGUCUGGAUCAGCAACAGCAGCAGCAACAACAGGCAAUGGCUGCUGGUCAGCAGCUCUCCGCCGAUUGGCAGCAUGGACGCGUCCAAGUGCUUCAGCAGCCGAUCCAAAACCAAUAUCUUCAACAGCUGUACGGUUCCCAGCAGCUACUUCUACAUCCGGGCAUCGGAGGGCAGCAACAGAUUCAGCUGAUUGCGGCUUCCAAACCCUUCCAAGGAACUCCGCAGAUGCUGACGACUCAGGGUAAACAGGUAAUCGGAACCGGAGCUGGCAACUUCAGCGGAGCCUACGCCCUACCAACCAUCCCAUCGAGCCAAUCGCAGACGCUGCUAUUCAGUCCCGAUGUUCAAAAGCAGCUUACAGUUGCUGCCGCAGCAGCUGCAGCCGGUGCUGCCGGACAAAAAGUUCAGCUGCAGAAAAUUGGCACCAGUAUCUCGGCUGCCGGACAACAGCAGAGCGUCACUACUCUGACCCAGCAACAAGCUGCCGGUCAGCAGUGUGUUCAAGUCUCCCAAGGUACGAUGCCUACGGCCCAGCUGCUUAGCCCAUUGCAGCAACAGGGCACUCAGCAGAUGCAGUUUACAGCUCCGUGGCAAAUUCAAGGCAUGGGUCAGUUCUGGACAGCUAACGGCCUACAACAGCAAAUUCUUGCAUCCAAUCCGAUCAUCUUCCGCGGAACGGGUCCUGAUGGAAGCAGCAAUAUGUUCAUCCAGCCUAGUCCGCAGCAAGCACUGCAACAGGCUGCCAAUCAGGCUCACAAUCAAACCCUUACACUGCCAUGCACCAUUGCCCAGCAGCCCCAACAGACGCAGCAGCAACAACAGCAACAACAACAGCAGCAGCAACAACAACAGGCUCAACAACAACACCAACAACAACAGCAGCAAAAUCAACAAGCUCAAGCCAACCAGCAACAGCAGCAACAACAACAGCAACAAAAUGUGCAACAUGCUCAGCAGCAAGUCAGCGUUGCGACUCAGCAACAAACCACAGCUCACACAACCAUUCAGCAAAAAACCGUCGGUAAUCUGGCCCCGAAGCAGGUUCAGCGACCGCAGAUACUGCCACAAGGAGCAUCUCCAAUCCGUCCGUCCGCUUCCACGCAAACCGUUCAGGCCCAGCAAAACCUGCUGGCUAAGGGUGGCAAGAUUCGCACCAAACAGCAACCGGUGCGUCCUUCCGGUCCGGUGCAGAUCAAAACGGCAGAUCUGGCUACUACACAGAGCAAAAUUGGUCAACAGCCACAGAUGCAGCAAGUCGUGACCACUGGUGGAAAAAUGGUUCUAAUGAAUACCGGAGGGCAGAUAAACAUUCAACCAAUGCUGACCAACGAUAAACAGCAACAAUUGCAUCUUCAGCAGCAGAUUAAAAAUGCCCACCAGCAGCAACCACAGCAACAGCAUCUAUUGCUGCAGCAGCAGGCAAUUCAGCAGUUACAGCAGCAGCAUGCUCUUCAACAGCAACAGCAGCAGCAACAACAGCAGCAACAGCAACAACAGCAGCAGCAAUCGCAGCAGCAACAGAUUCAACAACUGCAGCAACAGUUUCUGCAGCACUCCAACCAACAGAAUCAAACGAAUCAGAUUGUUGCUAGUGCUCAAACGGGCACCGGCCAACAAGCUCAUCUGGUUCAGACUGCUGGGCCCCAGCAGGGAAACAUCCUGCAGCAGUUUGUCUUCCAGCAGCAGGCACAGCCAAAUCAGUCCGGCAUCUCAAUGAUUAACGUCACUUCUUCAGACUCAAUGCUACAACAGCAGCAGCAACAUCAUCAGCACCAACAGCAACAACAACAGCAUCAGCAACAACAACAGCAGCAGCAAGGUCAAAAUAUAACACCCAAGGCAACCACACAAAUGAUUAUCACCAAUCAACUGCCACAGGCAGGAGACCGAACCAGCAUUGCCCAGUCUCAAACACUACAAAUUGAACGGACAAUUCUCCCCGUUGUGUCUAUCGCUGGAAUGGCAUCGUCGCCGAUCGUAGUUUCCAGUAACGGGACAACCAUUUCGCCCAUCCACCAACAAGGGCAAACUACUCAAAUGCAGACGCAACAAAACACUACCCAAACUGCCCAACAAUUGUCAACCGGUACUCAGCAUGCGUCCCAGAUUCUUGUCUCUACCAUUCCAACUUCGGUACACCAGCAACAAAAUGUUCAAAAUCCACUUGUCGCUAUGACGUCCCUUUCUGCUGCAAUGAUGGCCGCAAGCUCUAUCACAGCUACUCCGGUUUCGUCCAACUCGGUCACUACGACCUCCGCUGGAAUGCACCAAACGCCGAUAGUUUCCACGUCCAUUACGACCACAUCGAAGGAAAGCGCAGAUCUCAAAGCGGCCAGUGUGGCUAUGCUUCAGCUGCAGCAUUUGUCCACUCCACAGAAGCAGCUACAGCACCAGCAGAUGUUGGAAAGUAUGAAUGCUGCCAAUGCUGCCUCGGCUGCCGCAGCGGCAGCAGCAGCUUCGACCGGUACCAUCGGCAGUUCUAUGACGAUUGGAUCACCCACCUCCGUUAAUAGUAGCGGAGCCGCCACAACGCUGACGGUUACCAUGCAGCGUGCUGCUUCGAUGACUCCAACACAAUCCGGCGGGGGUAACCGGUCCAAUGCGGGCACUCCGAACUCGAUCGAGCAAUUGAACAAAUCGCUGGGACAUCAGACGCCGACAAAGAUGAUGGGUAUCAGUGCUGAUACGACGGCCAGGGGUACUACGGCAAUGGAAACCGGCGCGAAAGAUUCUGUGCAAAACACUGCUGCCGCAGCAGACAGCGCAUCCGAUGCGCAAUUAAAUGCUCCGACGCCGAUGGACACUUCGUCGUCUCCACCAGCAGCAUCCCCGUUGAUUCCGAUCUCGGCAUCAUCAGUAGCAGUAUCAACAGCAGCAGCAGCAGCAUCAACACCAUCAUCCGUAUCCAUCUCGCAGGCAACAACAGUCGUGUCUGGUCCAGCGCCAGCGGCUUCGGCUCAACCAGCUGUUGCCUCCUCGGAUGAAUCGACAGGUGCAGUAAGUACCACCACUACGACACCGCAGACAACGACAACCACCACUACGCUGACGACGACCACUACCAGCAAUUCGGUGGUUUCGACAGCAGCGCCUUCUCCAGCCACUAACACCAGUGCGAUCAGUGUAGCUACAGUGACGGCAACAUCCGCCACUUCUCAGGCCAUCGGUAUCAACGCAAAUGGAUUGCCCUCGACUACGGGUUCGACCACGACCGUGGUCAGUGCGACACCGACGUUGGCGACCGCUACCAACACCAGCAUCAGCACCGGUACCGGUACGCUGCCCCAGAGCAAAACCGGAACAACGGAUAAGGGUGGCCUACCGAAGGCAAUGAUCAAACCGAGCAUCCUGACGCAUGUCAUCGAAGGUUUUGUGAUACUGGAAUCGAACGAACCGUUCCCGGUGCAGCGGCAGCGCUACCCCGACUGGGACACCAGUGACGAGCCACCGAAAAAACGCACCACCACCGAAGCCAAUUCUCCAAUUUCACCUAGCAACGCCCUGUUGACCCAGCAGCAACAGCAGCAGCCAUCUCCUCUCAGCGCAAACGCCAACAUCACCACCGGCGGCGGCGGCGGCGAUAUGGGUAACUGCGAAAUCUGUGGCAAACCGGAACUGCGCAACAAGAUGAAGCGUAAACGGUUCUGCAGCGCCGAUUGCGCCCGAGCGGCCAAGCAGAACUCCACCGACCAGGUAACGUCGCCAACGCACAACGGUACCAUCGAAUCGCACCCGACCAGUACCGGCAAUGGACUGGAUCAUUCUGGAUCGGUAACGGGCACCGGUAACCCGGUUGCACCUUCCAACAUUAAACUGGAACGGUUGGAACCGAUGGAACAAUCUCCAUCGAUUCAUCCGCCUCAGUUUGCCGCGACACCGGUGGAAACGGGUGCGGCUACCGUUCCGGUGGCACCGAGCCCGGCUGCUGAGGAAACCUCCCUGGUUAUGAAGUGGUCCGUGCAGGAUGUGCGUGAUUUUAUCAAGAAUCUGCCCGGUUUCGGCAGUUAUGCGGAAAACUUUGCCGAACAGGAAAUCGACGGUGAGGCUUUGAUGCUGUUGGAGGAGAAGCAUCUGAUCAACGAGACAAUGAACAUGAAGGUUGGGCCGGCAGUUAAGUUUUUGGCCAAGGUACGAUCGAUGAUUGCCAGUACCAGUCCGGCGGAAGGGCAACAACAAUCCCAACAGCAACAGCAGCAGCACCAUCACCAUCAUCACCAUCAUCAGCAGCAAUCGUAAAGCGGCUGUACUGGGUUGGUUGCAACUGUGAUUUGAUGGGACCCUAUCCUCAGUGUUUGGUUAUUAUUUUUUAUGCAUAGACUGUAAUUUAGUUUGUUUGACUACUGUGAAUGUUAUUCUGUAAAUAGCAGAUUAUUUUUUAGAACUUAACAGCUUUAAUGUGUACUGAAUUCAAACCGCUUAUAUUCGCAUUGUAGAGUAGAGCAAUCAAAUGGUAGAUUAAGUACUAAGUUUACAGCAUUAGCGUCAUCUUUCAGGCGGUCACUAAAACUAAUUUAUUGUAGCAAAAUGUCCUUAAGAACGCAAUUUAAGCUCCCCAUACAGCAAAACGCUGCAUAAAAAACUAAAUUCUAAGAUAAGAAAAGUUUCAAUUGUACAUAUAGUUUACGCAUUCUCUCAAUUCCGUAGUUCGCUGGGCAGUAGUUUCGGAAGAGUAUAGUUUCUGCCUCAGCAGAACGAUUUAAUUAUUCAGAAGAAAGCUAAUAUAAGAAACUACUACUAUUCAUGGUAAGUUAGAAUAUUCGUAUGUGGAAGCAAAACAUUGCCAAAUUUUUGAUAAACACAAAUUGUGCUUCGAAGAAAAGCGGCAGAGCUGUUUAACCUGUCGCUGAGCAAUCAUACUAUUUUUUCUGUAGUACUAGCAUUUCAUAAAAACCAUGCGAAUGUAAUUCUCUUGGAAUAUAAAAUAAACAAUUGACAU